GACUUUUUGGCGGGAACGCGAGGAGUGAAGUUGUGUGAUUUGUUUUAUUUUGUCUAUUUAGUGUUUCUUCAGGUUUAAAUGUGUAAUAAUGGUGGUUUAUUAUCUGCUUAAUAUCUGUGAAAGUGCACAAAUGUGGGAAAAUGAAACAAAGCCGCUGGACGUAACUUUUCGGGAUCCUCCAAAAAGUCCACUGAAAAAAUCUUAGUAAAUGACCACCAUUUUACUGAGAUUAUCUUUCAUCCCAUUUCAUUACAUUUAAUUUCAUCCCAGUUGAUUAAUGUCUCAAAUUAAUCAUCUUCAUAUCAUUUCACUCCAUAAUAUCAUUUUUCAUAAAAAUAUGAUUAUAAAUUAAAAUAAGACACGACUUAAAGGUCUCAGUUACCAAGUCAUAAAAUCCCUUAAAAAAAAUCUGACUUUUUGGCGGGAACGCGAGGAGUGAAGAUGUGUGAUGUGUUUUAUUUUUGUCUAUUUAGUGUUUCUUCAGGUUUAAAUGUGUACUAACGGUGGUUUAUUAAGUGUUUAAUAUCUGUGAAAGUGCACAAAUGUGGGAAAAUGAAACAAAGCCGCUGGACGUAACUUCUCGGGAUCCUCCAAAAAGUCCUCUGAAAAAAUCUCCGUAAAUGACCACCAUUUUACUGAGAUUAUAUUUCAUCCCAUAUCAUCUCAUCUUAACAUGUUACAUAUUUCAUAAAAAAUAUAUAAAAAAUUAGGCUGUAUGGUAUGAUACCUUUGACUUUCCAUUUGGAAAAAUAAAACUACUACUUACUUACUACUUUACUAAAUCGAGUUUUCAAUGGUUUUGAAUUUUAAAUGCUAAAAUGUCUUUACUGUUACAAAAAAUUGCAACGAAGCAUGUUAAAACAUUAAUAAUAAAAUAUGAGCCGUGCGUUCUAGUUAUAUCCAAUCGAAAAUUGAACAUUGUACCAUCAUUUUACGAUGGCGAACAAGACCCGGCUCCAAAGUUUUUUACACCAAAUGUACAGAAUCUAUUAAAGAGAUUGACUCGGCCAGAUUUUACUAAAGUUUUCCGCAAGAGAAACAAUCAAGGUCUACAUGCCCUUAAAACUCCCAAAUAUAAGUUUCUCACGAAAGAAGAGCUUGAAUUGGAAAUUGCUAAAGCUAAUGAAAAAGCCGAUGUGCUUCUUCAAAUACCUCCUGUCCUCAAAAUUCACAAACCCAUUGAUGAGGUUUUAUCAAGAGACCCAGCUUUGAUAGGAUAUGACACAUCAAAAUAUUUGUUUACCGACAUCACAUUUGGUAUUGCCAAUGAAGAGAGGAUUAUUAUUGAAAGAGACACUGAUGGAACUCUGCGCAGUUGUGAUCAUGAUAUCAGAAAGAAAUUAAAUCAGGUGUACUUUCCAAUAACCGGACGCAAAAUAAGAGAACCACACAUGUUUUCUGAUGAGGAAAAAUUUCACAAUCUGCUGGACAGGGGAGAGUACGAGUUUGUUCUGGAUCGAGCCUGCAUACAAUAUGAACCGGACGAACCAAUAUUCCAAAAGAUUACCAGUAUUACAUACCAGCAUGUGGACAAUAAUAAAUGUUACAACACAUUAAGAUCAACAAGACACUUUGGUUCAAUGACUUUUUACCUGACAUGGCAUCAGAGUAUUGAUAAUCUGAUGCUCGAGAUCAUACAAAGCGGUUUCAUCAGAGAGGCGGUUUUGCUUGCUGCGCUACGGCACGAUGUUCACAACGACGUGAGGGAAGGUACCGCGGCACAGUCUUUAGCUCAAGAAAUUUUUACCACACCUCUGCUGCUAUCUAAACUAGAACGUCUCACUGAGGAGGACAUUCAGCUUGACAGUAAAUGUAUUCAGUGCAUAGAGAAAUAUAUAGUGAGCAACUCGACGAUAAAGAGUCAACAUGAAUUAGCGCUGCAAGGCUUCAAAGAAGAUUUCCAGCACCUCUCCGAGCUUAGAAAGGGUUUAGAAAAAGCUCAUGGAAACGUUUAAUUUUGAUUAGAUGAUGGAUUGUGCAUUAAAUAUUUUAGUUAUGUAAGAAA